UCCACAGCUGCCCCCCCCCUUCCCUCUCUUUAAUCUGCGCUUUCUUCUCCUCUCUUCGCACACAGAGGUUUCCUGACUCGGUCAUGUGUGACUCCCCCCGGUGAGGACGGGAUGGCCACUUUGUGAAUCGGCGCCAGAUGGAUGGAUGGACGUGUCCGUAGCGCGCUCUGGAAUACUGCUGUGAACUGAACAGGCUCUUUCUCUGGAGUUCACAUUUUUUCUCACCAUAUCUGGAAUUGUUACAUUUAGUGGUGUGAUCGUCCACAUUCCCUCCCCUGGCUGUGAUCACCUGCUAUGUGUGUGGAGUGGAAAAUACCUGGAGGAAGGCGCAGCGCGGGAUCCAGUGAGAGAGAGCAGGACAUCUGCAACUGAUACAGUCCGUCUCCUGUUUGUAUUUCUUUCUAACCUGUGUGUAAUGUACGUGGAAUGAAGACAGAGGAUGGAUAUCAUUUGGGAAAUAUUGAUCAUUCUUCAAGCCAAUGUGAUUGUCUGCAUAUCAGCACAACCCAAUGCGCCGAAAAUUCACGACGGAUGGUGGGCGUACAAGGAGGUGGUGCAGGGGAGCUUUGUUCCAGUGCCGUCGUUCUGGGGGCUGGUGAACUCCGCCUGGAACCUGUGCUCUCAGGGGAAGAGGCAGUCUCCAGUGAACAUCAAGACCGGACACAUGAUCUUUGACCCCUUCCUCACGCCCAUCAAGCUGAACACGGGUGCACGCAAGGUGGGAGGGACGAUGUACAACACGGGCCGCCACGUCUCUCUGCGAUUGGACAAGGAGCAUCUGGUGAACAUCUCCGGGGGCCCGAUGACGUACAGCCAUCGUCUGGAAGAGAUCCGGCUACACUUUGGCAGCGAGGACGGCCAGGGUUCUGAACACCUGCUGAACGGACAGGGCUUCUCCGGAGAGGUUCAACUGAUCCACUACAACCAUGAGCUGUACACAAAUUACACAGAAGCUGCUAAAAGCCCCAAUGGACUGGUCAUCGUGUCAAUAUUCAUGAAGAUUGCUGAGACAUCAAACUCAUUCCUAAAUCGAAUGCUGAACAGAGACACCAUCACAAGAAUAACAUAUAAAAAUGAUGCGUAUCUACUGACCAGCCUGAACAUAGAGGAGAUCUACCCGGAGACGAGUAGUUUCAUCACCUACGAUGGAUCCAUGACCACCCCUCCGUGCUUUGAGACCGUCACAUGGCUGCUGAUGAACAAGCCGGUGUACCUCACACGCAUGCAGAUGCACUCCUUGCGGCUGCUGAGCCAGAACCAGCCGUCUCAGAUCUUCCUGAGCAUGAGUGACAAUGUGCGCCCGGUCCAGGAGCUGAACAACCGCUGCAUCCGCACCAACAUCAACUUCAGCAUGCAGGGCAAAGACUGCCCCAACAACCGGGCCCAGAAGCUCCAAUACCGAGUGAACGAGUGGUUGCUAAAGUAGCCUCCCUUGGCUGAGCAUGGAGACGGGUGUCAGACGUGGAGAGAGGAAGAGGAGAGGAGGAGGAUGAAGGAUGGAGGAGGGGAAGAGCCCGUGCUGCAUCUCAUCUAAGAUUAUUUCAUGGCAUUGUAUAAAGACAAACAGCACAGGACAUUAUAAGGAACUUUGUAUUGCGAGCAAAAAGACUCACACAUUGAACAGUUUAAACCCUCUAACACAUGUUACCAAGCCCUGUCCCCACUGUACAACUAUAUCUAUACAGACAUUUUGAUACCAAUACUUUUUUGGGACAAAACCAAAAAAAGACACUUGGAAAGAAACAAAAAAGAAUAUUGAUAGCAUCCCAACUAAUAUGAGAAUGAUGGGACUUAAAGCCUUUGUACAUAAACAUUUUGCUAUCAGUGGGAACAUCCAAGGACUAAG